ACGAUUAUGGUGAAAUACCCCUCCACAAUCCUCCAUGAGAGAGAAAUUAAAUGAUAAAAACAGUUUUAUUCUAAAAGUUUUUUUAGAAUCAAUACUUCUUUUCAAAAUCUGAUUAAUGCAUUUAUUUAAAGUAUCUUAUGUGACGAGUAAAAAUGACUGAAGAAUUUAUUUUACUUCUUCAGAUAUAUUAUUUAAAAUCAGUAUUAAAGCAAGAGUUAAAUAUUAUCUUGAAAUAUAAGUAAAAAAAAAUUCUUCAUGUUUUAAUUCAAUGUAAAUAGUAAUUUUUUGGUAAAACGAUUUUACGUGAUGUUUUCAAGUAUUCGAGAAGCUGUAAGAGUUAAAGUUAAGAAAUGUGAAACACUGCAUCAACCUGAAUAUCGAAAAUUUUCUGUUGAUCCUCAAAUUACAUCUAUAGAAGUUUUACAAAGUAUAUUAAUUAAGGCCUUUGAUAUUAAAGGAGACUUUUCUAUUUCUUAUCGCGCCAUUGAUGAUUAUGGUUCUGAAACUUAUUUGUUUCUUCUAUCCGAUUGGGAUUUGGAUGCAGCAUUUAUUAGUGCAUCGGAACCUUAUCUUUAUCUUCAAGUAAACUUAAAGCCAUUAGGUAAAAAAGAGAGCUUUAAAUAUGACUACGAUGAAAGUUUAAGAGAAGUAUCGACUAGGCAAACGAGCACAGGGUUUCCAUGUAAGACUCAAAAACUUCCGGGUUUAAUAUUGAACAAGGUGCUAAACCAACUCUCCAGGAUACAAACGGCUAGCAAUGCAGCAACAUCAUCUUUACAGAUGGAAAGGACAUUUAAUUUAGUACAAAGAGCUCUUGGAAAUUUAGCUGAUGAUAACGUUGAACCACCUCGUCCACCACUAACAGAUACUGAAUUUAGAAAAUUUUUAGAUCCAAUAGGACAAAUAAUUUAUUCAAAGGAAUUAAGAGCUGUAAUUUACUUUGGUGGUGUUGAACCUAGUUUGCGAAAAGUUGUAUGGAAACAUCUUUUGAAUGUCUAUCCUAACGGAAUGUCAGGACGCGAAAGAAUUGAUUAUAUGAAAAGGAAAGCUCAAGAAUAUGAAAAUUUGAAAGAGAAAUGGAAGUCGUUGAUUCACCAGGGUCAAAAUGUAGGCGACAUUGAAUAUGUUACAAAUAUGGUUAGAAAAGAUGUUCUUCGAACAGAUAGGCAUCACAAAUUUUAUGCAGGAUCUGAUGACAAUCAGAACAUUGCUAGUCUUUUUAAUAUUCUGACAACUUAUGCCCUUAAUCAUCCAAGUAUCAGCUAUUGUCAGGGUAUGAGCGACCUUGCUUCUCCUCUCUUGGUUAUGAUGCGUGACGAAGCUCAAGCCUAUAUUUGUUUAUGUGCCUUGAUGAGAAGACUUAAGGAUAACUUUAUGUUAGAUGGAAUUACCAUGACUACUAAGUUUGCUCAUUUGUCCGAAGGUAUACAGUAUUAUGACCCGCAAUUUUAUGCCUAUCUUAAGUCUCAUCAAGCCGAUGACCUUCUCUUCACUUAUCGAUGGUUAUUACUGGAAAUGAAGCGGGAAUUUGCAUUGGAUGAUGCUUUAAGAAUGCUUGAAGUAAGUUGGGCAGCUUUACCUGCUUUACCUCCUAUUGGAGAAUUAAGUUUGACGGAAGCACCGUUUCCUCCAUCUUCACCACAGCCAAGUUCUGGUUUAAAACAAAUUCGAGGAAAUGCCUAUACUAAAGUUUGCGCCAUUCGUCGACAAAGUUCUCUGGCAAAUAUCGCGACUAGUAAAAGAGGACAAGCAGUCGCAGAAGAAUCUGUUUUGGAAAGUGAUUAUGUGGAUAGUAGUUUAGAAAAAUCAUCUUCUGGGCCAACAUCAUCAAAAGAAUUGCCUUCAGAAAUGAGUACAAAUGCAAAGCUCAUGACAAAUAAAAAUAUUUAUUCAAAGGAUGAGUCUUUAAGCACUGAAAAUUUAUCAAAUAAAAGUCCAACUAUAAAGGUAAACUUGAGAGAAGAAUUAAGUCUUGUUGAUGGAGGACAGAAAGUUUUAGAAUUAAAUGAAUCUGAAAAAAAAUCCUUGCGAGUCGUUAAAAAUUUAAAUGAAUUUUUAAAUUUCACAAGUUCCAAUCGCAGUAAAGUUAUGAGCGCAGAUAAUGAUCAUCAACAAAAGGAAAUUUCUAUGGAAAUGACGGAUGCUAAAUCACUUAACGAUUCUUCUCCAGAUGAUUUAACUGAUUUUUAUCCUAUGACUACUGCACUGACAAAAGAAUUGAAGCUGGAAAUUGAAUCCUUAAAUCGUCAGGUAUUUGGUCCAUCUUCAUCUAAUAUACACACGUACGAGGAAAAUAAGGCAAAUGAGUUUGACGAGUGUCAAGUAGAAACAAGUGAAGAUAAUUACAGUUCUGCAGAUACUGAAUUUAGUUGGAGGAAUCCAAUGUGGAAAUUGGAAAAAGAAAAUAAUCUUUUAACUUCAAAUGAGCAUAUAAAUCUUGAAAAUAGUGAGGAUGGUCAAGAUGAAAACGGAAUAACAUCUGUUACACCAGUUAGGUUAUUUAAAUACUCUUUGAGGCCUGAGAACUGCUCAGAAGGAGUGGGAACUGACAAUGUCAAAAUUGAGAGUACUCAAAUAUCAAUUCAAGAACAGUGUCAAGAAGCAACAGAAAUUAUGAAUCUUAUACCAUCUGGUGCAAGUGAAGAUGCAUUGACUGGAUAUUCACUUCCUCCUCCAAAUGAAUUUGGACGUGGUAAUCCAUUUUUAAUGUUUUUAUGCAUUACAUUGCUUUUGCAACAUAGAGAUUAUGUAAUGCGUAAUCAAAUGGAUUAUAACGAAAUGGCCAUGCACUUUGAUAAAAUGGUUCGUCGACAUAAUGUUACAAAAGUCUUAAAUCAGGCAAGACAAUUAUUUGCUGGAUAUAUGAGGACGCAUUCUAAAUCCGAUUAUAUUAAUGUAUAAUAGUAUUUAAAAAGUGUUUAUUAAACAUUAUUACGCGCUUACAAUGCAAGAAUGACAAUUUUUUUCUAUUGUAUAGAAAUUGAAAUCCUAAUUUAUUUUUUAAUUCAAAAGUAUUUCUCAAAAUAGUCAAAAUGGAAAUACUAUAACAAAAUCAUAUUUUGUUGAAAAUGAAAAAUGGAUGUAAACACUAUAAAUAAAAACAUUAUUAUUUAAAUAUCAUUAAACUACUUUCUAAUUUUAGUUAUAAGAGAUUGCACUGAAAUUUGUCGAGUUUAGACUGCACUUAUGAUGUUUUCGACGGCGGAAAUUAUAAGCACUUAAGAUAUUUCUUCUAAGUACAGUCACCCUUCAAAGUUUUGUGUAUUUUCAUUGACGUAUUUACAAUCUUCCAUACUUUGAAACUGUACCUCUAGACUUUGUCUGUUUUAUGUAUUGUUAUUUUUCAUGGAUCAAUGCAAUUUUUUAAGUAAAUGCGUAUAGAAAUAUUUCCAAUAUGUUUAAUACAAGUUCAAAAGCACAAAAGGUUAGUGCAAGUUUUCUAUUCUAAAGUAGCAGGGUGGUUCAUCAUACUGUUAAUCUUAUAAAAUUUAUUCAAUUUUAUUCUGUAAUAUUAAUAUUUAGCAUGCACAGAAUAUUCUGAAAGAAAUGUUAAUUAAUUUUUAUAAGCCAAAUGUGCGUAGGAACAAAAUUUUUUUUCAUCUCCUUGCCAUGCAUUGCCAUGUCUCUAGCGCGACUUCUAUCAGUUGAUUACAUUUUUAGAGAAACUUUUAAAUCUUUAAAUUUAUGUAAAAAAAACUUCAAAUAAAGUUUUAAUAUGUAUUAAA